AUGGAGUGUGAUAGUGAUGAUGUUAGUAGUAUCUCAAAUUCGGAAGACGACGAAGAGUUUGAAUUGACGGGAGGUUCGAAUAUGGAAAACAGUUUAGAAACAAGCGGAAGUGAUUCUGAGGAUGAGGCGAGUGACUCGGAUGCUUCGAGUGAAGGUAAUAAUGAAGAUUUUCAAACCAUCAGGACAUGGUGUGAAAUAAAAGAUGGUUCACCUGCCCCACCUGCAUUUCCUUUUGCUGAAAAUAUUGGUGCAAGUUUUACAACUUUUGGAGAUGAGGACGUACUUUUUUUCUUCGAAAAAUUUAUCGAUGACACACUGAUAACUCUGAUAACUGAAGAGACGAAUAGAUACGCACAGCAGACUUUAGCUACAAAUGCUACAAAUAAUACGACUGACAAAUGGACCGCUGUAACUGCUGAUGAGAUAAGGGUGUUUUUAGCCAUUAUCAUAAUGCAAAGUGUAGUGAAAAAACCAGAAAUGAAAAUGUAUUGGUCUAAGAAUCCAUUAGUCACUACUCCAUUUUUCCCGAAAGCUAUGUCAUGCAAACGGUUUGAAAGCAUCAAACGAUUCCUACAUUUUACGAACAAUGAAACUUACAAUCCCGAUACGCACCCAAAUCCGAAAUUGAACAAAAUAUUUCCAAUUUAUGAACCAUUGGUGAAGAAAUUCCGGGCGAUUGGUUGGAUUCAGUACAUACCACUAAAAAGAGCACGGUUUGGGAUCAAGACUUACAUGCUGUGCGAGUCUAAAAGUGGCUACGUGUGGAAUUUCAUCAUUUAUACAGGUCAGGGAACAAUAAUUGAUCCUGAUUUUCUUCAUUUGAAUCUAGUGUCUGCUAAAGUGGUUAUGUCUCUCUCUAAAGAACUUUUAGGGAAGGGAUAUUGCCUAACCAUGGAUAAUUUCUAUAAUAGUCCGCAACUUGCUGACUUGCUAUUGCAACACAAAACGGAUGUAUAUGGUACAUUGAAAUUGCAAAGAAAGGAAGUUCCAGAAGGGCUACGGAGAAAGAUUCAGAGAGGCGAAAUAAUAGGUUAUCAACGAGGAAAAGUUACUGUUAUGAAAUGGAGAGAUAAGAAAGAUGUAUGCUUAUUAUCAACGGUUCACAAUAUCGACACCCAAGAAGUGGCAACAAAGUCAGGACCAAAGAGAAAACCAAAGGCUGUAAUACAGUAUAAUGACACGAUGGGGGGUGUUGACCGUGUAGACCAGCAUUUAGCUGAUUAUGUUUUGCCGAGGAAACGGGGCAAGAAAUAUUAUAAGAAAAUAUUUUUCCAUCUUCUUGAUCUUGCCCUAUGGAACUCUUUCGUCCUUUAUAAAAUGGAAGGUGGUAAAAAAUCGGCACUUACAUACAGAUUAGAUAUUGUCAAGUUGUCGAUGGAAAAGUACCACAAGAUGGAGUUUUCAGCAAAAAGAGGUCGACCGUCUACAGUUCUACCUUCAUCUCGCCUAACUGGGCGUCAUUUUCCAGAGUAUAUACCAGCUACUGAGAAGAAGGCCAACCCCACAAGACAGUGCGGAAUUUGCAGCAGGGUAAGGGACGCAAGAGGCAAAAAAAUUCGGCGAGAAAGCAGAUACUGGUGUCCAGACUGUGAUGUAGCUUUGUGUGUAACCCCAUGCUUCCGUGUUUACCACACAGUGGCAAACAUUUGA